GCGGCCUCCGCUUUCCCCGGGGAGAGGCACUUAGACGGGCGCGAAACACGAGCGCCCCGAGCAAGUCAGAGCAACACGUGGUGCCCGGGGCGCAGAGGCGCGACGCCGGAAGCGCCGGCGCUGACGUGCGCCGUGCGGUGCGCGCCGCCGAACGGACAUGUUGGCGGAGCGUUUACCCCGCGCUCCGUCCCGGGACCAGCCGGCCGCGGCCGUAGGAGCGCGGCGCUCGUUUCAUAAGCGUCGGAAAGGGGAGGAUUCUGCGCACGUUACUGGGUGGGAUCGAGUCGGAGUCCGUUCCUAACAGCGGGGCCAUCGGAGACUUCUGAGUUGUCACCAUCAUCAUGUUAACUAACCGUUAUCGGGCUCUUACUUUUAUUUUCUGGACCUUGCUCUUAAGUGCGUCCUGUGUAGUAACUGGUUUAAUCCCGCGUUAGGCCACACAGGCGCCCCUCUGAGUUUUGCGGGCGAGGAUGGCCGCUGCGCUCGCUGGCCGGCGGGCCUCGCUGACUGCCUCUGGCCUCCUGCCCGAGCGCUUUGCUUUUAUUUUAGUACGUAGCAAGAGGACCACGGUGUUUAACAAAAUUGAUGAUAACGAAGAUAAUUCAAAUGAUGGGACCCAGCCAUCCAAAAGGAGGCGAAUGGGCUCAGGAGAUAGCUCUAGGAGUUGUGAAACUUCAAGUCAAGAUCUGGGCUUUAGCUACUACCCAGCAGAAAAUUUGAUCGAGUACAAAUGGCCGCCCGAUGAAACAGGAGAGUACUAUAUGCUGCAAGAGCAAGUCAGCGAAUAUCUGGGCGUGACCUCCUUUAAACGGAAAUACCCAGAUUUAGAGCGACGAGAUUUGUCUCAUAAGGAGAAACUCUACCUGAGAGAGUUAAAUGUAAUUACAGAAACUCAGUGCACUCUAGGUUUAACAGCAUUGCGCAGUGAUGAAGUGAUUGAUUUAAUGAUUAAAGAAUAUCCAGCCAAACAUGCAGAAUAUUCUGUUAUUCUACAAGAAAAAGAACGCCAACGAAUUACAGAUCAUUAUAAAGAGUAUUCUCAAAUGCAGCAACAGAAUACACAGAAAGUGGAAGCCAGCAAAGUGCCUGAGUACAUUAAGAAAGCUGCCAAAAAAGCAGCUGAAUUUAACAGCAACUUAAACCGGGAACGUAUGGAAGAAAGAAGAGCUUACUUUGACUUACAGACACACGUUAUCCAGGUGCCUCAAGGGAAGUACAAAGUAUUACCGACAGAACGGACCAAGGUCAGUUCCUACCCGGUGGCCCUCAUCCCCGGACAGUUCCAGGAAUAUUACAAAAGGUACUCCCCGGAUGAGCUGCGGUAUCUGCCAUUGAACACGGCACUUUACGAGCCCCCACUGGACCCCGAGCUCCCUGCACUCGACAGUGAUGGUGACUCAGAUGAUGCUGACGACGGUCGAGGUGAUGAGAGAAGGAGAAACAAAGGCACUUCGGACAGCUCCUCUGGCAACGUGUCCGAGGGGGAAGGCCUUCCCGACAGCCAGGAUGAGUCUUUCCCGGGAAGACAGAGAUCCAGGGACAAAGCUGCUACUCCAAGAAAAGAUGCGCCCAAACGCUCUGUACUGUCCAAGUCAGUUCCUGGGUACAAGCCAAAGGUCAUUCCAAAUGCUCUAUGUGGAAUUUGUCUGAAGGGUAAGGAGUCCAACAAGAAAGGCAAGGCCGAAUCCCUUAUACACUGCUCCCAAUGUGAUAACAGCGGCCAUCCUUCUUGCCUGGAUAUGACCAUGGAGCUUGUUUCUAUGAUUAAGACCUACCCAUGGCAAUGUAUGGAAUGUAAAACUUGCAUUGUAUGUGGACAACCCCACCAUGAAGAAGAAAUGAUGUUCUGUGAUGUGUGUGACAGAGGUUAUCAUACUUUUUGUGUGGGCCUUGGUGCUAUUCCAUCAGGUCGCUGGAUUUGUGACUGUUGUCAGCGAGCCCCCCCAACACCCAGGAAAGUGGGCAGAAGGGGGAAAAACAGCAAAGAGGGAUAAAAUAGUUUUUUGACCUCAAUACUGUAAUAUGCAUUUAAAGGAACUAUUUGGUGCCAAUUUAUUUACAACGUUCUCAUUUUUAUGCCAAUAAAAGAUUUGUUUUUGAAAUUAACUAUGUGCUUACAAUCUGCAAGUUGACUCAUUUCUGUUAUAAAUUACUCUUACCCUUGGAGCCAGUUUCAGGCAGAGAAGUCCAUCUCUCAAAAGGUUUUUCUCUCUUUGUACUUUGGCUCUCUUCAGAAAUUCAGUGGAACUAUUAGGCAACUUAAGUUGAAAUACUUAACUGUAUUCAGAUCUCUAGUAAGCCUGCAAGUUACUAUUUUCAUGACAUUUUCCUAAUCUAUAUUGUUUGCAGCCUACCUUAGGUACAGUAACAAAAUUAUUUAGUUAACGGAAGAAUUUUAAUAGGUAGCCCUCGGUGAUCAAGCUAAGAAUGACCUGAUGGGAUGUGGUGCAGCUGGGUUUAGGACUGUCGUUAACGGGCACAGGAGUACCUGCCUGCCAGGAAACGCUGCUUGGACAGGAGCUGUCAUCCCUACUGGGGGGGGGGGGGGGGCAGGCAUGCAGUUGUAAUCCAUGCUCUCGCAAGUAUGGAGGAGGAAGCAUUCAAUUUCAGACUUGAUUUUAGCUCCUCUUCAAAGCUCCCACAUUGUAACUUCAUUUACAAUCUCUAAGGAGUAAAAUUAUAAAGCCAACAAUGUUCAUCUGUACCUGCACGAAAGCCUGCUCUGUGAUUUCUAUAAACCUAAGUGACUGCAAUCUUUUUCAUCACCUGACAAGCUAAUCAAAAUGGAGUUUAAAAAUUUUAUUGUGCAUACUCCUUUUAUAGGAAUUUUGAUCUUUAAAAGAAAACAAAUAUCGUGUCUGCUGCAUUUCCUAUUUUCGGGGUAACUGAGGUAACAUAACUGUAUGGCUUUAUCUUCCCAUCCCCCAACUAGAAUAGACAAGGUAACCGCAGGGGGCGUUCAGCCAGGUAGCAGCAGCGCGGCGCGCGCGCCGUCAGCUUCGGGCCACCGGGUCAGA